AUGGAGCUCACGACACUCUUGCGAAUGGAAAGAAGCGUCCAGCACCAGACAGAGCUUAAUAGAAGUCAAGAGACAUUAAAUAUCUGGUUUAAAUAA